AUGAAUAUCAUAUAUCGGCCUAAGCCUUUAAAAACCACAAAGAAAAUAUCUCACUCCCCAUCAUUACCAAAAUUAACUGGCAGACUUUCGACUUGCAGUCACCGUGGAGCUUGCUUUUUUCAUUCUUCUACAACUCCAGAUCUAGCCUCGCCAACAUCUGAUCGAAUUUACGUAAAAGAGCUUGAAAUUAAGCUUGAAGCCCAUCGAAAAGAUCUAGAUGAAAGAAAUGUUGCUUUAGAUUCUUUAGCAAAGCACUUUGAAAGCUUAGUUAAGCUUUAUAAAGAUGAAAAAAAUAAAACACUUGGAUUAAAAGAAAAGAAUAUUGAUUUAUUGAAUGAAAAUUUGCUUAUGAGAAAAAACUUCGAAGAAUAUAAAUCAAAGUAUCAGAUAGAAGGAAUUGCAAGUGAAGAUGGGACAAAUGACUUAAUCCAGUGACUAUAAUAAAUUUAUAAUUAUAAAAAUUUUAUUAUAUAAAUUUAUUUUUUAAUAAAAAAAAGUUAGUAAAACUAAAACUUGAAGUCCAUGAAAUGGGCAAAGAUUUUGAAAAUAAGGUAAAUUACAAGCAGGAAAUCAGAGUACACUAAUGAGCUUAAUGCUCUAUAUGUCAAAAAUGAAGGUUUAGAAGAUAGAGUCCAUUUAUUAGAAAACCAAAUAAAAGAUGAAAAAGAAAAAUAUGAGAAUGAAAUCAUCCAGCUGCAGAUGAAAUGCGAAUAUUUAAAAGCUGAUUUAUCAGAAGCAAAUAAUAAAAUACAAGAAUUAGAAGAAGUUAAGCCUUCAAUUAUUCUAAUGAACAGCGAAGAGAUUAAAAAAGUCGAAUUCACAGAAAAUUAUACAGAGACUGAACAAAUUCAGCCAAUUUUGAUCACUGAAAUAAUUGGAUUUUUCAAUAACAAUGAAAAGCCGACAAUUGAAAUUUUUUCUAACUUAAAUUCUGUAGCUGUUCCAUCUAAAUGUGAUUGAAAGAAAAAAGCAGAAUCUCUUCAAGACCAGAUUUAUAAAUUAACUGAUCAAAUGUCUCUAAUGGCUAAAUAUAGGCAGGAUGCUGAAGAAAAACUAGAUAGAGCUCUGCUAGCUAGAAAAGAAAUAGUAUUCAGUGUAGAAGAAAUGAGAAAAAAUCAACAAGUUGAAACUUUUAAAUAUGAAAAAUUAAUCCAGAAUAUUUCAACUGAAUACAAAUACAAAGAAGCUGAAAUAAAAGAGCUUGAAGAGCUAUAUAAGAAAAGUGACAGCCAAAGAAAAUUCAUAACUGAAGGGCUUAGAGACCUUGAGAUAAAUAAUAGUCAAUUGAAUGAAAAGCUCGAAAUGGCACAUAUCAAAAUUGAUGAUCUGACUUUAGAGGUUAACAGACUAAAAGAGCAGGCUCAUGAGAAGGAGAGGGAGUUAGAUUAGAGGGGUUUAAACAGGGAUUAUUUCAGCUUUAGUCAGUCGAGUUUUAGCUUCACCCUUCAGAUGGUGCUGGCACUAAAGCCAUCAACGCCUUUUUCCUUCAUGGUCACCAAAACUGGUGACGUCUUCAGUCUAUUGGGGGGAGACUCAUCUGAACCUGCUUGGGCCAAAAAUUGCAACAAAGGACUCUCUUAAUCCUUGUAGUGCUCAGAGUAUGAGAGGAUUGUCCGAUGCCUGCUUUUGAAGCUACCUCUGCCAUUUGCAGGCAGCAUAAUACUCCUCCAGAAAUGCCCCGAUUGGUAUUGUGCCUUCGGUCUUCUCGUCUUUGGGGUAGAUUGGAAGCCAAGUAGCCCAAGUCUGCACCCCACCCGGAAAUUUACCACCUGUAACCCCGUAGCCUUAGGCCGUUUUGUCCUUACUGGCCGAAAUUUUGGCAGCAUUUUGCCAUAAUUAUAAAUAUUCAUGAGAAAGAAGGCCAUUAUAGCGAACUAGAUAAAAAAGCAAAUAAAGUAGCUAAAUGGAAAGGGAGAGCAAAAACACUAAUUGAAGAAAAUAAAGAACUUCGUCAAAAAAGUCUAAAACUUGAAAAAAGCCUCAGCGAAGCUGUAAACAAGAUGGAAAGAGAAAAAGAAAAGGUAAGAAACAACGAAUAUCGCUUGGAAUCAAAGAUAAGAGAACUGCAAGUGGAGCUAAAUAAUGAGAAAAACCACAACGCAAUCCAUGCACAAGAAAUUUUUAGAUUGAAAUCUUCUCAGGUACUAAAGGACAAAGACAUCACAAAGCUGAACAUUACGAUUGAUGAGACAAGAAAUCAAAAUCGUAUACAACAGCUAGAAAUAGAGCUAGCUGCCUGCAAAGAAGAAUCAGAAAAAUAUAUAAAAGACCAAGAAUAUUUCAAAAAUUUAUUAACAAAUAAAACCCAGCUUAUAACUCAAUUAGAAAUACAAAUAGAUGAAGCAAAGGCUGAAAUUAGCAACCCUCAAUUCAAGAAUCUCCAAUUAAAACUUGAUGAAUUAUGCCUAAAAGAAGAAAAUAUUGCCAUUAUUUUAGAUAAAAUCAAAGAAAUGUUCACUGCUUUUGAUGCUUAUUUAUCUUGUGGCGUCUGCUCAAACACAGCAGCACAAGCAGUUGCUAUCAACCCAUGUGGGCACAUUGUUUGUGCAAAAUGCACAGAUGAAAGUGAGAUAAACUGCCCACAAUGCUUACAGAAAAUUCAAAAUUUUGUGAGAGUUUCACAUGUAGACGAUAUGUGUAGAAAAAUUGCUGACUCCCCCCCCCCCUCCGUGAGCGAACAAAAAAAUUUUGUUCACUCACGGAGGGGGGUUAAUUUUUUUUUUUUAAAAAAAAUUUUAUAUAUAAAUUUUAUAAAAAAUAUUUUUUUCGAAAUUUAAAAAAAUCCUAAUUUGCAAAAAUUGGGAAGCAAAUAUUAAUUUAAUUUGCAAAAUUUAUGUUUUAAAAAACGCAAUUUGUUUAAAAUUAAACAGAAUUAGCUCUAGAUUUCAUUAUACUAAUUAUCACUUAUAUAUCAAAAUUUUUUUCCAUUAAAAUUUUUUCUAUUAAAAAAAUUUUUUGUUCACUCACGGAGGGUGGGUUUUUGGUCAAAAAAUGGUGAUUUUUCUAAUGGUUUUGUUCGCUCACGGAGGGGGGGGGGGAGUGAGCAAAAGGAAUUUAUUUCAGAAAUUAUUUAA